AUGGCAGACCCUCAACAACCCGGUCAAGUCGAGGACGAAGACAUUGUCCUCAGCUUCUUCCCCGACCCCCCACCCUUCUACAAGCACUUCACACCAGAAAACCUCGCCCGCCUCCAAGAAAUCGAAAAAGAAGCCGGGCUCCACGACAGCAAUGACGAUGAUUCCUCCUCCAAUGCCGCACCAGGAACAAAGCUCUCCCCCGAGCAAAUCCUCGGGCUGCCCGCCGAACUCCGCUACCUGAUCCCGCCCGAGCCCCCCGCCGACGACGCCGAAUUUCACGUCUUCGAUACAGUGGCCAAAGCAAAAGGCACCGAAGUCUUCAUGAAGAACAUGGAAUACAUAGCCGACCAGCUAAAAAUGCAAGGCGUAUUCCAAGACUGGCAGUACGAGCAACUCUACCCCAGCGACCCUUCGUCCACAACCUCGUCUCAGCAACCACCUACCUCGUCAGCGAUAACAACAUCAAACUCGGUAUCACUGGACAGACAAAACUAUCUUUUCAGGUUUCUGCGCAGUAUACUUUUGAGUUACAUAUCGCUCCUGGGCAUUGUAGCUUCAGACCCGGUGUCUGAGAAGAAAGAUGAGAAGUUGAAGGAUAUCAUGACCAUGGUGGCCAAUAUGCACGCGCUGAUUAAUGAGUACCGGCCGCAUCAAGCGCGGCAAACGCUGAUUGAGCGGAUGGAGGAGCAGGUGCGGCGCAAGAGAGCGGAGGUUGAGGGGGUACGGAAAAUGGGGGAGAAGGUACGGCAGGUACUUGCAGGGUUUGGGGCUGUGGAUGGGGAAGAGAAGGAUUGGGCGAGGGAUGCGGGGGCAGAAGGGAGUAUCGGUGUGGGGAAAGAACAGGUGAGGAAGACGGAUGCGCAGAGGGGGGCGUGGGAAGCGCUUGAGGAGGUGCUGGGCUAA